GUAGCAAUAAAGUGGGAAAAGGAGCCGAAGAAGAAGAAGAAGUGGCUUAAAAAAAACAAAACAACACCGACACUUGGAUGUCUGUUAACAAACAAGGUUAUACAGUUAUCCGAGAGGAGCUCCAGUGCAUCAUGUGAGUUGUGCAAAAGCCUUUUGAUACGUACCAGUGGCUGCUGAUGCGGUGGACCUGAACUUGACCUGUAAGAACCCCCAGUCUCGCUUUUUUAUGAGAGCCUGGGGAAAAUGUGGCCUCAAAUUAUGGAUUUAGGAACUCAUUAAUGAAAGUCAGAUUUUACAGCGCUUCAGUCAAAUUGCUGUAAGGAACAUGGAAAGAGAAGCGGCUAAGAAAGAGAUGGAUGUUGUGGACACUGACGAGGAGAUCCCUGAUGGUGUUUCGGCCUCAGUGACCAGUUCAAGUCAGUGUGAGGUUGAGGAUGAGUGCGAGCAGGAGGACAAAAUAGCCUAUCUCAAAUCUCAGGAAACCCCAAACCCAGCCAUUCUACAAGACCUUGGGGCUGGUGAAGCAGAGGCCAAAGAUGAUAUUGAGGAGGUUUCAGAAGAGUUUGAGCAUGACAAGACUACAGAAAAUGAGAACUCACAGGUUAUAAACCAAGAAGAGGAUGAUGCCGCAAAGGAGCAGCACAUGAAUGGGGAGUCUGGUUGGAGGAACAUAGGAAGUGGAAGGAAGUGCAAAUUGAGGAGCGGUGGGUCAGUUUUAGAGCAGAUUCAGAGAGGCAAUGUUAUGUCAAGUGGCGGUCGGCACAAGCAGACCCGCAGACGUAACCACCACCACUACCAGCAGAACCGGGGCCGGCGGCGGACAGGAAACCAGCUCAUCUUAGCGUUCAAGGAGAUGCUGUCAGAGUGUCUGAGCUUCUGGUGCAUCUCCUGCAUCCACAUGAUGAUUGAGAUUAUUGUCACUUUAACUCACAACUGUGGAGUUGGAGUGGAGACUGGAGUUGUAAAACUUUACAACCUUGGGCAGCAGCUCCUUGUGAAGAUCACUGAUGUUCCUGGAAUGAAGGCAGAUGCGAUCCGGAUUCUGAAGUGGGCAAAGUGCAAAGGAGCUUGUGUGGUGGAUAAAACUGCUAGGUCAGUAAAGUGGAUAAAGACAGUUGCCUUAUCUUGUUUCACAUUUUUCUGUGCUUUGGUUAUUCUGGGAUCGCAGUGGGCCAAGGGGGUUUUCCUUCGUAUUGGUGGGGAUAGGGGGAAGCACUAUUGGACGGCUUUUCAGGAGACACGCAUUUGGAAGAGGAUAGUGUCCUUGCUGGAGAAAGCCCGAAGCCUAUUCAGGAGGGAUGGUCAUGUACCGCCAUCCGCACCGGGGUCACCUGGCAGAGCAGGAAGAGCUCAACCAGGCCAGGAGUUGGAGAGACUGCUGGCACUGGUUGAGGUACCAGAGGAUGAGCUCGAUCCCUUUACAGUUCUCGGUGUUGAGGUGCAUGCCACUGACACUGAGCUGAAGAAGGCUUACAGACAGCUGGCUGUCCAGGUCCAUCCAGACAAGAAUAAACACCCACGAGCUGGAGAGGCGUUCAAAGUGCUCAGGGCUGCCUGGGAUAUUGUCAGUAAUCCAGAGACACGACGAGAGUACGAGUUGAAGCGCAUGGCAGCGACUGAGCUCUCAAAGUCCAUGAACGAGUUUCUCACUAAACUGCAGGAUGACCUGAAGGAAGCCAUGAAUACUAUGAUGUGUACCAAGUGUGAAGGCAAACACAAGCGCUUUGAGAUGGAUCGUGAACCCGCUGAGGCCCGGUUCUGUGCUGAAUGCAAUCAUUGCCAUAGCGCUGAGGAAGGGGACCUGUGGGCUGAAUCGAGCAUGCUGGGCCUACGCAUCACAUACUUUGCCUGUAUGGAUGGCAAGGUGUAUGAUAUUACAGAGUGGGCAGGUUGCCAGAGAAUUGGAAUUUCUCCUGAUACACACCGGGUCCCGUAUCACAUCUCCUUUGGUUCAAAGAACAACAGCAAUGCCACACGACACAGGACGCCAUCGGAGCAAGCUGCAGGUCCGACCAACCCAGCUGAUUUACAGGACUUCUUCAACCGAAUCUUUAAGGGAGGACCUCCUAAUGACAUGGCUGCCAAUGGAAGCUUCUUCCACUCAGGUUCGCCUCAUCACCCACCUGGUGCUGGAGCGCCUCCCUUCUCCCCUCCUCCAAGUCAGACAGGUUUUUACAUGUCGGGAGGUCACCGGCCCGAGUCCAGCGAGACGUGGGCUGAAAGUGGCAAACCCCCCAGGAGGAGGAAGAAGGUCCGCAAACCCUUCCAGAGGUGAAG